GACUCUCUAAAGAUCAACUGCAUCCUGUCUCAGUCUCCGCUGUUCUUCUCCUUCAGUCGCACUGCGGGGUGAUGCCCAAGGCGCAUCACUUUUCAGAACUGGACCAUGAACAACUUCAUCCUCCUGGAAGAACAGCUGAUCAAGAAGUCCCAACAGAAGAGAAGGACUUCUCCCUCGAAUUUUAAAGUUCGUUUCUUUGUCUUAACGAAAGCCAGCCUGGCCUACUUCGAGGACCGCCACGGGAAGAAGCGCACAUUGAAGGGCUCCAUUGAACUCUCCAGAAUCAAGUGUGUGGAGAUUGUCAAGAGUGACAUUAGCAUCCCGUGCCACUAUAAAUACCCUUUUCAGGUCGUGCAUGACAACUAUCUCCUGUAUGUGUUUGCUCCAGACUGUGAGAGUCGCCAGCGCUGGGUGCUGACCCUUAAAGAAGAAACGAGGAAUAACAACAGCCUGGUAUCCAAGUAUCACCCUAAUUUCUGGAUGGAUGGGCGGUGGAGGUGCUGCUCCCAGCUGGAGAAGCCUGCUGUAGGCUGUGCUCCCUACGACCCAUCCAAGAAUGCUUCAAAGAAGCCUCUUCCUCCUACUCCUGAAGACAACAGGCGGUCAUUUCAGGAACCUGAAGAAACCCUGGUCAUUGCCUUGUACGACUACCAAACCAACGACCCUCAGGAGCUCGCGCUGCGAUGUGAUGAAGAAUACUACCUGCUGGACAGCUCCGAGAUCCACUGGUGGAGGGUUCAAGACAAAAAUGGGCAUGAAGGAUAUGCACCAAGCAGUUACCUGGUAGAAAAAUCUCCAAAUAACCUUGAAACCUAUGAGUGGUACAAUAAAAGCAUCAGCCGAGACAAAGCUGAAAAACUUCUUUUGGACACAGGUAAAGAAGGAGCUUUCAUGGUCCGAGAUUCCAGGACGCCCGGGACAUACACAGUCUCUGUUUUCACCAAGGCCAUCAUAAGUGAGAACCCCUGUAUAAAACAUUAUCACAUCAAAGAAACAAAUGACAGCCCCAAGCGCUACUACGUGGCUGAGAAGUAUGUGUUUGACUCCAUCCCUCUCCUCAUCCAGUAUCACCAGUACAAUGGAGGAGGUUUGGUCACUCGACUCCGCUAUCCAGUUUGCUCCUGGAGACAAAAAGCCCCUGUCACAGCAGGGCUAAGAUAUGGGAAGUGGGUGAUCCAACCCUCAGAGCUAACGUUCGUGCAGGAGAUCGGCAGCGGGCAGUUUGGGCUGGUGCAUCUCGGCUACUGGCUCAACAAGGACAAGGUGGCCAUCAAGACCAUUCAGGAAGGGGCGAUGUCAGAAGAAGACUUUAUCGAGGAGGCAGAAGUCAUGAUGAAACUCUCUCACCCCAAACUGGUGCAGCUCUAUGGGGUGUGCCUGGAGCAAGCCCCCAUCUGCCUGGUGUUUGAGUUCAUGGAGCACGGCUGCCUGUCGGAUUACCUUCGAAGUCAGCGGGGUCUCUUUGCUGCAGAGACCCUGCUGGGCAUGUGCCUGGAUGUGUGUGAGGGCAUGGCCUACCUGGAAAAAGCUUGUGUCAUCCACAGAGACCUGGCAGCCAGAAACUGUUUGGUGGGAGAAAACCAGGUCAUCAAGGUGUCCGACUUUGGGAUGACAAGAUUUGUCCUUGAUGAUCAAUAUACCAGCUCCACGGGCACCAAAUUCCCAGUGAAGUGGGCAUCCCCAGAGGUGUUCUCCUUUAGUCGCUAUAGCAGCAAGUCAGAUGUGUGGUCGUUUGGUGUACUGAUGUGGGAAGUCUUCAGUGAAGGCAAAAUCCCAUAUGAAAACCGAAGCAAUUCCGAGGUCGUGGAAGAUAUCAGCACUGGCUUUCGGUUAUACAAGCCCCGCCUGGCCUCCUGUCAUGUCUACCAGAUCAUGAAUCAUUGCUGGAAAGAGAAACCAGAAGACCGGCCACCCUUCUCCCAGCUGUUAAGCCAGCUGGCUGAAAUCGCAGAAGCUGGGCUUUAGCAGGGACUCAUCGACCAGACACAGCCAUAAAUCCUGAGUGAAGGAACAAUGUCCUUUUUCCAGAGCAUUAAAAGCUGCCACCAGUCCAGAAACCCCCACAGGUGCCUGGACCAUGGUGCCAGCACCUAUGCAGCCACAACUGCAGCAUCAUAGAAAAGGGUGGAGGGCCAGCCACUGAGCCAACAGCUGAACCACAACUGGAGCAGUGUCUGCGUGUCCACCCCACCCCAGCCUCUUGUCGUAUGCUGUACUCAAAGCUCCAUUGCCCACUCUCGGGAGCAUCCCCUCCCCCUCCUAGCAAUCAGGAGAGGCAGGCGUAGGCCACACUCUUCUUUAUUAUUACUUUUAAGAAUAAUUCAAGUAACCUUUAAUUUGGCCCAACGAGACAAUGUGCCCAUUUUAUGGAUGGAAGAGCGGGAAAGCAUCAUUCUUUUUCUAAGAAAUGCAAGAGGUGAUUAAACCAGGGUGUUGUACUACUGCGAGGCUGUCAGCCACAGCUUCCUGCCUCACAUGAGGCGGAGCGGAUGCUUGUGCCAGAGGCCGGAUGCCAUAAGGUUUCAGAGCACACUGCCACCUCUCUUUGAUGGGGCACAGAGAGCUCCAUCGGGUGGAUAGGGCAGGGUGACACAUUCAGACCCCACGGCAGGACCACGGGAUGUCUGAGGUCGGUCAGGAAUGAGAAGGCCUCUGAUGGUGGAAGUAAAGAGCUGCAAAAGAGGCCUUUGGGUUGUUCCUGACCCAGCGGCCCUGUUUCACGGUAAGCCAUGUGCGUGACUGGAUCUCCUGUUCUGCGCAGGAUGCUGAAGCAGUGACUACAGAACGGUCAUCAUUCCAGCCUCUCAGGAGCGGCAUCCACUCAGCACUGUCAUGAUCCUUGUGACUUUGAGACUUUGGGUUCUUUCAGGCCUUUAGGGGUUCAGCAGUCUUAAAGUUGCCAUGUCAAGGCUCUCAAGAGCCCAGCAAAGGAAGAAGGCGUUUGCUCUUGCCCAAACUUAUCAGGAAGGAAAGAGGCAAGCACUGGGCGGUGCUUCCAAAAUGCACAGGAUGUCCACUGCUGAUUGGCACUCGCACAGGUGACAUGCGUAUAUCCUGCACACGGGUCAUCCCUGGCGAAUCACAGUUCAUACCAACCCAACCACGAGGUAUUAUUCAUGUCUUACAGAAAGUGGACUUGGGCUUUUAAAAGCUGGAUAGCUGCCCCGGUGACAGAACUGGGAAGGACGGAGAUUGGGAUGGCACCCAAAUAUAACUCCAGUGUAGCCUCUUAGCUCUUCUCAACACUGCCUCCUAUUGAGGCCAGGCCGCUGAGCACAUUAACACAGGAAAGUCUGGGUUAAUGGGCACCCCACCCCACAGCCAAGUUGCUCCUACUCAGAGCACUGGGGGGCCCAGUGGGACCCUCCAAAUUGAAAUAGGCUGUUCUCUUUCUUCACCCUCACCUGGAUCUGAGUUCACAGCCCUGGAGCCACUCAAAAUUAACCCUUUCAUUCUCCCAACCUACCAGAGUAACAUUGCCUGAGGCCAUUUAUACAAGAGCUUCAAAGAUGCUUUCAACUAGUCUCCUGCAGACUGUUUCCUGUAAUUAUCCCUUCAACCUAGAGCUGGCUCUCUUGUGAGAAGAAGGAUUCCCUGGUGCCAGGCACACUGGAUUUUCCUGCCGAGUUCAGACAAAGCCCCUAGAAAAAUGAUCAGAGUCACAGAUCCCUCUUCCUAAGUCACGUGGCAUUUAGACUGGCUUAAGGCUCAAAUGCAUCACUUCCAACUGUAAUCACUGUGUCCAGAUAAAACUCUGUCAUUCAGAAAACGAACUUCCUCAACUGGUCCACAAUCAUCUCUGUUUAUUCUCUUUUGGGAACCCGUAAUUAAGAGACGAUUUCUGGGACAUCCAAUCUAGAAGAUAAACACUGGAACUGAGAGAAGUCUGUGGUGUGGUUUAGGAGACUGGCCCCCAUACGGUGGCAUUGGCUCUCUUAACCUCACAUGCAUGAAGGCUUUGAUGGACGCGUGUGCACUGCUUACUCCAGUGUCCUGCUUGGGAAGAUGGGAUUCUCUUCUGCUGGUUUCUGUCUUACAUUUUUUUUGUAAAUGGUGCCCUGUGUUCACGGAAAGGUUUUGGUUUGAAAUGUAUUUUGUAGGCUUUGCAACUCAUAAUGUUUGGAAUUAUGUAUUUAUGCCUAGAUCAGGAGAGUAUUUAUUGCUUGUCUUCAAGAUAAAAAAUACUGCAGGUAUGUCUUACCCUCUGUGGGGGCCACAAGUCAAUCAUUGCUUAUGAAAAAAAAAAUAUAUAUAGCUACAUGUUUUACAAGUA